AGCUGAGUUGACUAGGUAUUCUGUAGAUCAGGGGUUCUACUUUAGUGUUCAUCAAAGUAAACUGGAGGACUUGUAAAAACACAGAGUUUUGGGGCCCCAUCCCCAAAGUGUCUGAUUUAGUAAGUUUGAGGUGAUUCCAGAGAACUUGUGUUUUUUAACAAGUUCCCAGAUGGCGCUGCUGAUCUGGGGACCCCAGUGUGAGAACCACUGUCUUAGAUCAUCUGAAUCCACCAGCUCUUCACCUAACUCCAAAGGCUGGGACCCAGUUAAUUUUUAUAAUUGAUGAUCCUUGGGGCUGAUGGACACCCAGGUGUCUCUUUGGGUGGGGAAAGAGGACCUGUUAACCUCAUGGGAGUAUUUGGAUGUCCUUAGAAAUUAAGAGAAUUGCCUUUAACUCCUGAAGUUCUAUUCUAGUACAGACUCUAUUUAAACAGCUUCAGACAGGUUUAAACAUCUCCUUGGCUAAUACCUAGUAUCCCUGUUCCAACUUCUACUCGGGGAUGAUAGCUCUAAGAGGUGUUAGGGGAUUAGGCUGAAAAUGUAGGUCACCCCCCAGCCAUCUGGGAACCAGGAGGAGUGAGAGAGGAAGAGAGAGGUUCAGAGACACAUACAAGGAAAAGGUGAGGGGAAGCAGAGGGCAAAUGAGGGCAGUUUCAAAAGUGCCUUGGAUGGAUUGGUGGUGAUUGGAUUUUCAGUGUCCCGAGGUGGCCUGGAAGGAAAGAAGGAGCAGGGUUCCUGAUUUCCCCUCUGCUCCUGCUCCCAAGCUGCCUGUCCUGGGGCUGGGUCCAUAGAAAUGAGAGAGGCCGAGAAUAGAUGAGGCAAGUCCUGGAGGGUUGUUUAUCUCUCUGAUGCCGUAACUGUGAGGGGCAUGAGGUGGGAGUGAGGUAGGCGGCAGAAAUGUAAGGAUUCCUGAAAACAGGAAACAGAUUCAACAGGCCAGGUGAGAGUGGGCUUGGGAGAAUUCGUAUUCCCCUAAAACACCCACAAGGCAUGGCAGAGCCUUGGAGGCUGAGGGUGCUGGAAGCUCAUCUGGCCCUCUUUUCCACUCCCAGGCUCUCAGUCACCAAGGGCUGAGGGUUGUGUCCGCAUGAGGGUGCUGAUGGGGGCCAAGGUGGCACUCUGUACUGGGGAGCGGGGAAUAGUGAGUUGGACCAUCUGUGAUAUGCUUUGUUGGGGAAGAUGCCCCCUUCCCUUCCUUGAGACCAGGCAGACUUGUCGUCUCAUUUCCUGCAACCCCCCAGGUCCAUGAGAUAUGCAAAUGAUCCCCUCACCUCAUUGGCUGGAGGCCUGAGAAGCAUGGAUGACCUAAGAGAGCUGGCCCUUUAAGAGUGUCCAGGGGGCUCUGUGCCCACAGCCCCUUGUUCUGAGCACAGAGGUGCCAGUCCCUGCUCAAUGGGGCCUCCAUUCUCUGGGGAAGCUGUGCCUGCCUGGCUCUGACAUUUGACCAAUCGUCUCUGCCACCCCUAAAGUGCACCCUUCCUAAUCCAGCCCCAGAAUGGCACUGCCUCCCAGUCCCCUGGCCAUGGAAUAUGUUAAUGACUUUGACUUGAUGAAGUUUGAGGUAAAGCGGGAGCCCUCAGAGGGGCGAUCUGGCCCCCCGACAGCCUCACUGGGCUCCACCCCCUACAGCUCAGUGCCUCCUUCACCCACCUUCAGUGAGCCAGGCAUGGUGGGGCCCACUGAGGGCACCCGGCCAGGCCUGGAGGAGCUGUACUGGCUGGCCACCCUGCAACAGCAGCUGGGGGCUGGGGAGGCGCUGGGGCUAAGUCCCGAGGAGGCUGUGGAACUGCUGCAGGGUCAGAGCCCAGUCCCUGUUGAAGGGCCCCAUGCCUACUACCCAGGGAGCCCAGAGGAGACAGGAGCCCAGCAUGCCCAGCUGGCCGAGCGGUUUUCCGACGCGGCGCUCGUAUCGAUGUCUGUGCGGGAGCUAAACCGACAGCUGCGGGGCUGCGGGCGCGACGAGGCGCUGCGGCUGAAGCAGAGGCGCCGCACGCUGAAGAACCGCGGGUACGCGCAGGCCUGUCGGUCCAAGCGACUGCAACAGCGGCGGGGGCUGGAGGCGGAGCGCGCCCGCCUGGCCACCCAGCUGGACGCGCUGCGGGCGGAAGUGGCUCGCCUGGCUAGGGAACGCGACCUCUACAAGGCUCGCUGUGAACUGCUGGCCCCGAGUGGCCUGGGGCCAGAGGCCACGCCCACCUCUUCCUCUGAGCCCCUGGCCACCGAGUGGUGGAGUCGGUGGGCGGGCGGUGCGCAUCACCCGGGAGGCGGCUGUGCCAUUCACUAGAUGGUUACUGAGCGCCUUCUGGAGCCAGAUACUCCUUUGGAUGACCACACAAGUAUCCCCAAACUUCCUGGACCCUCAAGGCAUGCUCUGAGGUUAGAUACCGGUCACUUCCUGGGAGAGGGAUCCCCUUCCCUCACGCAGGACGUGCACAGAAACCGUUCACCUUCUGCCCCACUCUAUAGGACCAGGUCACUGAAAUCUGCGGGGGUCAGUGCCAGGCUUUGUGUAGGGGGCAGGCCGCAAGGAGGUGUGGACAACGCACAGUGAAUGGGAGGUGAGGGAGUCCUGCUGCUCCCAGAUCAGUUUAGAUUUUAAUUCAAGGCUUUCAACCUGUAGUGCAGUAAGGUGGUAAUUAGCAAUGAAGCUAUGUUUUCAUUCCAGGGCUUGUAACCUCCCCAUUUUAGGACAACUGCAUUUUCAAGAUUUCAAUUCCCAUUUUCAAGACAGACCAGAAACUUGAUUCAAGAGGCUUUUGUCCUAGCCAACCCCAUGGCCUCCAAGGUCUAGAGCAGCAAAGGCUGGAGGAGCUCCAGGGGUGGUAGGUAUGGGCUGGGAGAGGACCCUGAGCAGGAGUCUGAAAACCUGGGUGCUAGUCUCAGCUCUGCCACAGGAUACCUCUGACAUCUUGAGCAAAUCACUGGCUCCCUGGAUUUUGACGACCUUGUCUAAUGCUCACUUGAUUGGAUGACUUCAGACACCUUUCCAGUUCUGGCCUCUCCAUAGUGUGGAAGCCCCAGGGGUCUCCCUGAGAAUCCCUCAACUCAGCCUCUUUAAAGGGACUUCCUGCUCUGUUCCAGCUUCCUGACUGCAGCUUAGGCCCUGGAUGAGACCAUGCCCUGGUUCUGGGUUGCUCCUUCCAUGCGGCCUUGGCCUCCAGAUCUGCAUAGGGUGCCCCUGCUCCCUUCUGCCUCUCUGAGGGCAAAGGUAUGACUUUCCCCAGCCUGACAAGGAGCUGAGAGAAUGCAGCUUUUGUGAAUUAAACUUGAAGU